UAAUGGAGACAAAUUGGUGCCUGAACACUGAGGCCUUCAACUGCGUGACACUCGGAGCAUUGAGCGCCUUUGCAGAGAAACCACAACACAGGAAGAGAACAUCAGCGCGCGAGGGGAUGCAGCACGACGUGUCAUCUGCAGCGAUUAUUUCAGGCUUUGUUGCUUCUUUUAAGUCCUCGCUCAAGUGGAUAGCAAAUAUAGUGCAUUUGAAAGCGUCAUCUGCGGUCCACUUUGGAGGACAUUAUGUGUGUGCGGCAGGGUGCAACCAGAGUGGCAACAUCUUCCAAAUUUUGAGGACAAAACCCAGCGACCAGCCCCUGAAUGUCCCUUCACGAGAGGACGCUCAUGUUGAAGUGUCACUUCUUUCAGAAAAGCUCAUCAUGGAGCAGAAGGCUCGUUACAAUUCCAUCCUGGACAGAAGCACAGCCAUAACUUGGCAGGGUGACUGCUAUGUGUAUCUUCAGUCUACUUCCUGCUCGCCACCGUCCAAGACCCAACCCCCAGCUCUCGACUGGGUCCAAACCCACCAAGACCAUCUGCGGCGCUUCACCAGCGCCCCGUUCCUGCAUGGCUUGUUGCUACACUUGAGAAAGACGCACCUGCUGAGUUCCACCGAAGAGAGUCGGAUCAAAGAAGCGGGUCGAUUGGCUGAACAGGUCAACAUGCUCAUUACUAACGUCUGCGCCAGAAAAGACUCGCACGCUUCUGAAGCCAUCAGAGACUUCACGGAGGGCUCCGAUUCUCCAGCGGCACAACUCAUCAAGAACUACGAUUCUAUGGUGAAGGACCAUAAAGAGAACCUUCUGCGAUGCUACGAGCAUCGGAGAGACAGCAGCCCCAAACGAAACUUCCCCUCCAGAGACUUACUUCUGGUGGAGGGACUUUCCGACUUGCAGCAGAAGGAGCACGACCUGACUCAGGUGGGAGCCACUCGUGGUAGGAAGAGGAACCAUCUCAGAGAGCUUAGCCUCAACCGACUCUUGGAACCCCUCACGAGGGUCAGCUUACCUCCGAGGGUCUCCCUCACAAUCGGAGUAGGUGGAAUCGGCAAGACCACGAGAGUCCGGGACUUCAUCCUACAGUGGACUCAAGGAUCGAUUUGUUCCAAUGUCAGCUUUGUCUUGCCUUUCACUUUUUCUGAGCUGAACUUCUUGGAGAAGCUCUCAGCGGAAAGGUUGGUAAGGAUGGCAUUCCCGCAUUUAAGCGACCCUGGUCUAAUCCUGAGCAGCUCCUGCCGGACGUUGCUCAUAUUUGAUGGCUUGGAUGAGUUCCGCUGCACUUUGAAUUUCUCCAAUGCUCCCCCCUGUGAGGACCCGAAGAAGGAAGUGCCCAUAGAGGACUUGGUGACGAACAUUAUUCGAGGGAAUCUUCUUCCAGGUGUGGCUUUAUGGGUGACCUCCAGACCUAAAGCAGCUUCACUUAUUCCGGGAGGAUUAGUGGACAGGGUGACUGAGGUACCAGGAUUUAGCCCAAAUGACAUCCAGGUUUUCCUAAACCAUCACAUCCCUGAGUCGGAUUUUGCCCAUAACAUUUGGACACACUUGCAGUGCCAUAAAAACUUGAUGGUGUUUUGCUACACGCCGUAUUUCUGCUGGGUGGUGGCGGACACCAUGAAGUAUCUCCUCCAAGGUGGUGUGGAGGAACACCUUCCAAGGACUUGCACGGAGCUCUAUGCCCACUUUUGUUGCAUGAAGGCAGAAUCGGGCGAGCCGAGAGGAAGGGAGCCUCUUAAAGUGGAGACGCUGAACGGGAGCAAUCGUAAGCUGCUCGGGAAUCUUGGGCGCCUUGCCUUUUAUGGACUCCUAAAAAAUAAAUACACUUUCAGCGAGCAGGACCUGAGAGCCUACGGGAUAGACCCGCUCUUGACUCCCAAUAGCCUCGCCGCCGGACUGAUUAUUCGAGACGAGGCGGUUUUAUGCACAACGUAUCGCUUUACUCAUUUAACCCUGCAGGAGUUUCUUGCGGCCACCUUUUACUUCGUCUCGUCCAAGCGAGCCAUUUUUGACCUGUUUUCCGAGAGCACCAUGUCCUGGCCCAAAAUUGGUUUUCACAAUCACUUCAAAAGUGCCAUUCAGCGCUCGCAACAAGCUGAGGAUGGCCAUCUGGAUGUGUUUGCUCGCUUCCUCUCGGGCCUCCUGUGUCCACUCUCGCCUCUGGCUGGGCUUUUGGGCAAAGACGAUGGCAGCCAGAGGGCAUGGGCAGCAGGCUUUGUACACAACCUCUUGGACGGCGGCCAUGCUCUGGUGUCCCAGCGUGCCGUCAACUUGGUGUAUUGUUUGCAGGAGAUGCAACACGCGGAGAUACUGCGGGCCGUGGAAGAUGACUUGAGGCUCGGGAGCCUGGCGGGGAAGCUAACGCGCGCUAAUUGUGUGGUACUGGGCUACUUGCUGCAUGUUUCUCCAGAGUGCGGCGAACAAACAAACCUCACAGCGUCCCUCAACUACACCACUGUCAAAUGUUUGUUGCCACAGUUGCUCUACUGCCGCCAUCUCAGGUUAGAAAGUAAUCACUUCAAAGACGAUGUCAUGGAAUUACUGGGAAGCAUCCUGAGCGCCAAAGACUGUCACAUUCACAAAAUAAGUCUAGCAGACAAUGAUAUCGGCAACAAAGGUGUACGAGCGCUGAGUCGAGGCCUCAUGGUGAACCGGACCCUAACGUCUCUCAAUCUGAGGAACAACAACAUCGGUGCCAGAGGCGCCAAAUUCCUGGCAGAGGCCCUCAAAAUGAACCAAGUGCUGUUGUCGAUCAACCUCCAGAACAACGCCAUUGAGGAGGAAGGUGCACGCGCCCUUGCUGAAGUGUUGGAGUGUAGCCGCAAAUUAGUGUCCCUGAACAUAAGGAAAAAUGGCAUUGGAGCUAAUGGAGCCAAGGAGAUCGCAGAUGCACUGAAGAUGAAUCGGACUCUUACCAAACUCACCCUGUGCAGUAACCAGCUCGGCGACAAAGGCACGGCAUCAGUGGCUGAAGCGUUGACAGUCAACCACACGCUGCUGUCACUCCAGCUGCAGAGUAACUCCAUCAGCAACAAAGGGAUGACAGCCUUGACAAAAGCACUCCGGCUCAACAGAGGUCUCGUCUCAUUGAACUUGAGAGAGAACUCUAUCGGCGUGGAGGGAGCAAAGAACAUGGCCCACGCGCUUCAUGAGAAUCACACAUUGCAGGACCUCGACCUCACAGCCAACCUGUUACACGAUGAAGGGGUUCAAGCAAUUGCGGAAGCAGUCAGAGUUAAUCAAGGCCUGACCUCUUUGCAUUUGCAGUGGAAUUUCAUCAAAUGUUCUGCUACCAAAGCGAUGGCUGACGCACUCCUCAGUAACACAACCAUGCAGCUGUUGGACCUGCAGGAGAACGCUAUUGGCGAUGAAGGUGUCAUUUGUCUGGCGGAAGCCCUGAAGACAAACACAUCAUUGCGUACAUUAUGGAACCUCUACUCUCAACAGUUAAACGUCGCAAGCUGACCUGGUUUGGUCAUGUCACAAGGCACACCUCCCUGUCAAAGACCAUCCUGUAGGGAACAGUAGAGGGGAAGCGGAGACGAGGCAGGCAGAGAAAGGCCUGGAUGGACAACAUGAAAGAAUGGACUGGCUGCAGCUUCCAAACCCUGCUACGAACAGCAGAAGAUCGUGAGCGCUGGAGAUCCCUGACUGCCCAAGCAUCCACCAUGACACCCCUAUGGCCUCCUAGGCCAUGGGAUGAGUGAAAGUGAGUGAGUGAGUGAGUAAGUUACUACAAAUGCGUCAGUUUACUAUAAAAUGCCUUCAAGAAUUGUAUGGCAAAACGCAGUGGAUUAUUACAAAAUGUGGCAUUAUUGCAUAAGGAUGUGUAAAUGUAUUACAUUAUUACAUAUUGCGCCAUUAUUACAUAACAUAUAUUAAGAAUAAAAAAAUAAAAUCCACUUGUCAGUUAAUCUUUCGU